ACAUUGUCUAAAGAUUUAAGUAAUCUUCUCGAUGAGGAAGAAGAAUAUAACGUUUUAAUCACUGCUGGUACUGAUGACAACGCCAAAACUUUCAAAGCUCACACCGUAAUCUUACGUUCUCGUUCUGCUUAUUUUCGUAAUGCAUUAUCGAAUAUUUGGGCAAGAAAAGAAUCAAAUUAUAUUGUAUUUACUAAGCCAAAUAUUUCUCCGGAUGCAUUUGAUGUUAUUUUGAAAUAUAUUUAUGGUGCGACUAUUGAUCUACCAGCAAUCGAUAUGCCAAUACUUCUUGAAAUUUUAAUUGCCACUGACGAGCUUUGUCUCACAGAGUUAGCCGCUUCUCUUAAUGAUUCAUUUAAGCAUCUCCAGCUAUUUUGUAUGGAAAUUAUUCAAAAUAAACCAAAUGUAGUAUUCAAAGCCAAGGAUUUUGUGGACAUUGGUACCAGUUUGCUAACUACUUUGUUAGAACGUAGUAACUUACUCAUGCCAGAAAUUGACGUUUGGGAUGCUCUUAUCAAAUGGGGAAUGUUCAAUACAUCUCCUCCUCUAGAUCCGAAUUAUAAAACUUGGCCAAAAGAUUCUUUUGAAAAAUUACAAGAAACUUUAAUUCAAUUUAUUCCUCUUAUUAACUUUACCGUAAUUUCUUCAAGCGAUUUUUAUCAUAAGAUCUUACCAUUUCAACUUGUACUUCCCACUGACUUAUUCAAAGAUUUACUUAAAUUUCAUUUAGUACCUCAAAUUACUCCAUCUCAUCCAGCUUUACUUUCUCCAAAAAGAAAUCAAUUACUUCAAUCAAUCUUUAUUAAUAAUACUCAUACUGCUUGGAUAAUGAGUCAAGUUGAUUCCAAGCUUUACAAUGGAAAUAAUCAAAAACUAUUUCCUUAUGAUCUUAAAUUAUUAAUACGUGGUAGUAAUGGUGGUAUGUCUGAUGAAGCCUUUCAUAUGUAUUGUGAUCAGAAAGAUGUUAAUAAAUCUAUUAUUAGUAUAGUAAUGAAUCCUAGCAAAGCAAUUAGAAAUACUCAUGGUCCUUCAUUUGGUGAUGGUGAUUUGUGGGUAAAAGUUUCAACCAAUUUUACCAAAACUAUGGCCCUUCCUAGUUUUUGUAGGCAGAAAAGUUAUACCAAAAAAAUUCUUGAUUUGGAUAAAUUUUUUGUGGAGGAUUAUGAAGUAUUUCAGAUUAUUAAAAAGACAAAUGUUAUUUAUUUAUAA